CAUGACAGCGCCCAAAAUCCAUGGCCUGAAGAAACAACGAGGCUCCGUCACGCAUCCGUCGUAUGAAUAUUUAUUAUUGGGCGUCAUCAACAGGCCCGCAGGUUCCCGUCUCGUCUCGUUGCGUUUGUGUUUGUGUUUCCGAACCUUCUGUUCGGUGGAGGAGCGGACGAGCCCCGAUCCCCCCGCAUCUUCUGCGUCGCCAUGCUCACGUCGGCACCAAUGGGCGCUCUCGCGUGUCUGCUGGCGGGGGCCGUGGCCGCCCUGGGCGCCCCCCCGCAAACCGUGUUCUUGGACAAGCGGCAGGCGAGCUCGCUGAUGUCCCGCCCGAAGCGGAGCUCGCCGCCGCCCACGCUGGAGCAGGCCUGCAUGGAGAGGGUGUGCACGUACGAGGAGGCCCGGAAGCACUUCCAGGACUCGUACCGCACGGACAUCUUCUGGUCCGUCUACAUCGACGGAGACCAGUGCGUGGAGAACCCCUGCAAGAACGGCGCCCUGUGCUCCGACAGCGUGGGAGGCUACGACUGCGUCUGCAAGGCGGGCUUCUCGGGGGUCCACUGCGAAACCGACCAAACUCUGUGCGUCGUGGAGAAGGGCAAGGGCUGCUCCCAGUUCUGCAAACCGGGCUACACCUCCUACGAGUGCUCCUGCGCAAGAGGCUGGAAGCUCCAUCCGACGGACAAGAACAAGUGCGAGCCCGCGGUCCGCUAUCCUUGCGGGAAGGUGAACAGUCUGAGUCGCUGGGAGGACAGACGGUCGGCCAACGUCCGCAGCGACUUUCAAGGGCUCGCCUGCGCCUCGGGAGAAUGUCCCUGGCAGGCGCUCCUCAAGAGCUCCGAGUCGGGAGGUUUCUGCAGCGGAGUCAUCCUCAAGGAGAACCUGGUGCUGACCUCGGCGCAGUGUGCCAGCAAGUACGACGCCUUCCAAGUGGCCGUGGGCAAGCGUAAGAUGACCAGCGAGGACGGCGAGCAGACGCUGAACGUGAAGGUAACGCACCCGCACCCCCGCUACGCGGCGGGCCGCCCCGAGAACGACCUGGCCGUGGUGGAGCUGCGCGGCCGCAUCGUCUUCGGGAAGGAGGCGACGGCCGCCUGCCUCCCCGAGAGAGACUUCGCCGACAGCGUGCUGAUGAGCGGCGAUCUCCCCGCCGCGGCGACGGGCUGGAAAGACCCCCGGCCGCCGGAGUCUUCUUUCCAGGGCGCGCUCACGCUCAACGGGCUGGCGUACGAAGGCCUGCCCCGGUGCCUGGAGACGCACGGCGGUUUGGUGGACAACAAAAUGGGCUGCACGGCCGCCCGCGCCAACGCCGACUGCGGCUUCGGCGGCGGGAGCCCGCUGCUCACCUUGUACGGGGAGGCGUUCUUCCUCACCGGCGUGGUCAGCCAGCCGCCGGGGGCCAAUUGCAGCAAAGGGUUCAUCUUUCAGAAAGUCUCGCGCCAUCUUGGCUGGCUGCAGUCGCUCAUGAGCUCCCUCUAGUGGAAUACAUUGCAACAUGCAAGGUGAAGCCAUCUUGACGGCACCUGUGUUGUCCAUUUAACGCAUUCUCAGCAACCCCAAUGUAUUAUCCCGAUGUUGUACACUUCAUCGUUUAUCCACAAGGCGGCGCCCCAAUAUCGUAAAAAGAAUGCACUGACUUGUAACUUGUAACCACUUUAGAAGAGAACGACUGACUUCUUACUUGUUCACAUGCAUGUCAUGUAAUCUCAUAACUGAAAUAAACUACACGUCAUCUCGCA